UUUGGUGUUUUCGUCGAUGUGGUCAGUGAAUGUAAAAAAGAACAUAGUCGUAGUUUAAGUGGUAAUUAGUUCCAAAAAUGUCGACCAUCGGCGUGCUGCACAAAUUUCAGUCCCGUUUAACGGAGCGGUUUACCUACGCCUCCAUGGAGAUUUAUAAAGAAGUGGAGCAUAUUGUGAAAGGAUAUCAGGAGGAGAACCAGCGUCUGCGCUUCUUACUACACAACAUGAGGAACUCAUCCAAUAUUGAUAACAAUAGAGUCUCUAUAUCAGCUACAGCUGUCAAAGAGCAACCUCCUAAGAUGGACUCUCCUACGAAGAUACCAGAGCCUUUGACUAAAACCCCUCAAAUGGGACAUAAUACAUUUGAGACAUUUGCCAACAUACCUGAAGAUGAGCCAACAGAAGAAUCCAAGCCACUGGCAAAUAUACUUAAAGAGGAGCUGACGGAAAUACCUGUGUCACCUGCAAAGGUUUUCCAGUCACUGGCCUACAUGUCUGAUGAGCAGCAAAUGGAAUAUGAUGGGAACUUAGCAGCAGAAGUAGAAAGCGAAGACAACUGCAUCACGGAAGAGUACCUACAAAGCGAGGCCAAAGAUGAAGUCACUACCUCGCUGCGGGAUAUGGCGUUUGGAAACUUCAACACACCCAAAGAAGACCAAGGACCUCUGCAACCUCCAAAAAACUCGUACAAAAAGAGGUGUACCAGGGAGGACAAGCCAAAGAGGAAAAACGUGAUGACGACCAUAGCACUGAAAAAGGAACUUAUCGCCAAGUGGGAGAGGGGUACGCGUGUCUCUGACCUGGCUGUUCAGUACAAUAUGGCUAAGUCAACGAUAUCGACCAUACUGAAGAGAAAAGAAGCCAUCAAAGCUGCUGAUGUGGCAAAAGGAGUAAAAACACUUAGCAGCAGAAGAAGUGAUAAAGUGGAAGAAGUGGAAAAAGUUCUGCUGGAGUGGAUCACCCAUAAACAGUUGAGGGGCGACACAGUGUCAGAGACCCUAAUUUGUGACAAGGCCAGGGAGCUGCAUAAUGCUCUGACUCGAGACAACCCAGGGGGCAGUGCUGACGAGUUCAAGGCUAGUAAGGGCUGGUUUUGCAAAUUUAAAAAAAGAAGUGGAAUCCAUGGCGUGCUAAGGCCAGGAGAGGCUGCCAGGGCUGAAAAGGAAAGCAACCACAGAUUUGAAGAUGAAUUUGAAGACUUGGUUGACAACCAUGGCUUUCUCUCUUAACAAGUGCUUGUGACGAAACUGGAAGAUAAGAACACCUGCAGCACAAGACAGAGAAGACCAACUUUGGGGACUGAAUAUAAAAGUACUGCACGUGUACUAGUUUUUUUUAAAUAAAAACUAUACGUUUUGGAAUACCUGACAGUUUUGAGACGUGUGAUGGACCUGUUGACUCAUGCAAUACAAUCAAAGAUAAACCUUUCAAAAGGUUACAAAGAGGGCAGUGUAAUGUGAAACUGAGCCUUUGUACUGUCCAGAGAUUUUGAAGGCUUUGAAACCAUCGUUCAUGGACCUGGACAUAGAUAAAGAGUGCUUCUGAGGGCUGGCAAACUGCAGUCUUCACGGGCAAAGAGAAUCUGCUAAGGAACUGUGUGAGAAGGAGGAGUAUGUGAGCAACAAGAGUCCUAUUGCAAAAGUCUGCAGUCCAUUUGUGCAAUCUCACCUCCCAAGAUGCCAUCUGACCCCUCAUCCAAGUUAAGAUGGCAGAAGACUGCAGGGAGCAGGAGACAACCCUGGUGUUUGCAAGAAUGGAGACCUACAAGUCUUAAAGUUGUUGAAGAGGAGUACUUUGUUUGAAGUUCCGCAUGUGGUUGGGCCCUGCUUGAAUUCCUGAUGUAGUAAGAUCCAAGUUUAGAGAACGAAACAGGGCGCCUGAAUUUACAAAUAUUAUAGCUACUAUUCCCUACCAACUCAGAAUCAGUUUGUCACAAGGCACACCUUUUACAUCACUUGGACGGCGUCUGGGCAGUAGGACGUUUGGAACUCAUGUAUUUUCAUUAUCACAUUUUUUUUCUUUAGCUCAAUUGUGUGACAUGAUAUAGUCAUAUCUUAAAGCAGGGGUGUCCAAACUUGUUGAAUUAGGGGCCACAUUGGGCUAAAAAAAUAUGGCCAGGGGCCGAAAGCCGACUGCUAGUAAGGUAAUGAAUGUUGUCUGUCUAUCUGUGUUGGCCCUGCGAUGAGCUGGCGACUUGUCCAGGGUGUACGCCGCCUUCCGGCCGAUUGUAGCUGAGAUAGGCUGCAGCGCCCCCCGCGACCCCGAAGGGAAUAAGCGGUAGAAAAUGGAUGGAUGGAUGGAAAUAUAUAUACAGUAUACAGGUAAAAGCCAGUAAAUUAGAAUAUUUUGAAAAACUUGAUUUAUUUCAGUAAUUGCAUUCAAAAGGUGUAACUUGUACAUUAUAUUUAUUCAUUGCACACAGACUGAUGCAUUCAAAUGUUUAUUUCAUUUAAUUUUGAUGAUUUGAAGUGGCAACAAAUGAAAAUCCAAAAUUCCGUGUGUCACAAAAUUAGAAUAUUGUGUAAGGGUUAAAUUUUGAAGACACCUGGUGCCACAAACUGAUCAGCUGAUUAACUCAAAACACCUGCAAAGGGCUUUAAAUGGUCUCUCAGUCCAGUUCUGAAGCCUACACAAACAUGGGGAAGACUUCAGAUUUGACAGCUGUCCAAAAGGCAACCAUCGACACAUUGCACAAGGAGGGAAAGACACAAAAGGUUAUUGCUGAAGAGGCUGGCUGUUCUCAGAGCUCUGUGUCCAAACACAUUAUGGUCAUGGUCAUUGAUCUGAUUUAACCACGUUCUCCACAAGAUGGCGGCAGAUUAAUAGAAAAGUAAAAUUAAUUUGAAGUCACUCCGCGAACCAGAUUCCUUAUCAAACUCAUGACGUCUCGCAAGCGAAAACACUGGCGGGCCGCACUUGGCUCGCGGGCCGUAGUUUGGACACCCCUGUCUUAAAGCAACAGAGUUUAAAAUGGAGUGCCGUUCUCGGUGGCGACCUGCAGAGACGCUAUUGAUUUAGUUUCCACCAGAGCUGUCUUUUGAGAGAGUAUGGCCCACUCUGUUUCAAAGUUGGGACCAAACAUAGUGCCUUGUAGUCAUGUGAGGGGCUUUUAACCAAUCAUAGAGAGCGUAUGGCCAGACCAUCCACUAAAUGAUUGGCCAAAAGCUCCUUACACAGCGCCAUGUUGGGGACCAAGUCUAAAACCAAGUUGGCCAUACACUCCAUACACGGUUCUGGUUUCAACUAAAUAACACAAGUUAAAUUCUUUGUUUAGUUUUUUAUUGAUGCAUCCGUAGUACCUUUUCCUUUAUUUUCUACAUGUGACUAAGACCUGGUGCUAUUAGUUCCCUAUAGUUGCAUAUUGACGGACCACACAACAUUUGGAACAAUUGUACAAGCUACAAGAAUGCUUUAGUAUAUGCCUAUAGUAGUACACAGUAGUACCUUAACUUAAAUUGUUUGGUGACGGUGCUCUAACUUAAAACACGUCCAUCUCAAAUCAAGGUCAAUGAAUUGGUGCUUGGACCCCAAAACAUAACAAUGUCAAACGUAACAUGCCUUUUAGAAAAAAACAAUUCAAUAGAAUGUACUACAAAUAACUACAGUAGUUUUAUGAACUAUUGUAAUAAUAGUGCACAGCUUUUUCCUUGAAGAGUGGACUGCUACAGUAUUAUGUUUCAUCAGCACCUUUUUCAUACUUUCAUGGAUAAAUGUCCACCGUUAAGAUAUUUUUUAAACAUUCUUAGCUGGUGUUAGACUCAUUCUGCUUCAGUAUGGUGCAGAGUAGCAGUGAGAUGCUCACAUUGCCUUGCCAAAUUGUUUUGGAUGAUUUCCGUAUUUUAUUCAAUUAAUUCUUAGCACUGUCCUUAACACUCACUUUCUUCCUUUCCAUGGUUAUGGCCAUCUCUAGCUAUAAGCUAAUGUUUUGGGCGGAUUUUACGGGGUUCUCUGUGACAUUUGUUACGCUAACUAAUGGCGAGGACGCACAUGGCCAAUUUUUUUGCCUGCAACUUAAAGCAUAACAAUUAGCCAGUGUUGUCUUGAACACUCUUAAUUCUGGGCACUCUUAAGUAGAAGUACCAUGUAAACAAAAACAGAGCCAAGCAAUUCGAGCAUAUCACUGCUAGUCUGCGCCAAACUGAAGCAGAAUGAGUCUAGAACGCCAUCCGAGGAUGUUACAAUAAUAGCUAAACGGCGGACACUUAUCCAUUAAAAUAUGUAAAAACUGCUGAUGGUGUGUUUGACAGAAAAGCAUCAGGAAAAAGAUACCGUAGAAGUCCACUCUCAAAGGUAAAUGCUGCACUUUAUUAUCACAUUAAAUCACUACUGUAGUUGUUAGUAGUACAUUCUAUCAUAUUUUUAUACAAUAUUUCUGAUUUAAACGUUAGUUUUUCUUACUUGAAAGGCAUGUAGCAUGUUAAAACACUGACAUACAGGCAGAAGCCUGCAUUGAGGACCGUGAUGAAAUGGUCCAAGAAAUCCAAGCAGCGAGUCAAAGGAUCAUACAGAUUGCAGUGUCUUUGAAGAAGUCACUGUGACAUCAUGCCUCUGCUUCUGUGAGAACAUGUAUGUGCAGACUAGGACCUUCUGCACAUACAACAACAAUCCCUGCUUUACACCUCAAGGAGUGGGGAUGAGCUCCUGUGCUAGCAGGCCAGGAACCAACUGGCGAAGGACAUCAGGGUCGCUAAAAUGAGCUACACUGAAAAGCUAAACAAAUGUUUCUCAUCCAACAAACCCCUCAGAAGUUUGGAAAGGCCUGCGAGAGGUCACCCAAACCCCACCCUGCAGUAACAAUGGACAGGCUGGGGACCUGAACACCUUCUACCUCUGGUUUCCACAACCAUCACCCCCUAAAAUCCCCUCCUUCUGAACCCCCACCUGCACUGACGAUCAAUGAUAAGGAUAUGAGCCAACACUUCCAGGAACCAAAGACCAGAACGGUUCCAGGACCAGAUGGUGUGCCUCCCCUCCUCCCUGAGCGUCUGUGCUGACCAGCUGGCCCCCCCGUCUUCACGCAGAUCUUCAACUCAUCACUGGAGCUGUACCAAGUGCCCUCUUGCUUCAAAGGCUCCACGAUUAUCCCAGUCCCAAAAGAAACCUGCCAUCACAGGACUCUAUAGACCUGACGUCCGUGGUCAUGAAGUCCUUUGAGAGACUGGUGCUGCACCACCUGAAAGACAUCACAGACCCCCGGCUGGAUCCCCUGCAGUUUGGGCAAACCGGUUGAUGGAGGAUGCAGUCAACCAUACCCUGCAUCACCUUGACUCUCCAGGGACCUACGCUAGGAUCCCGUUUGUGGACCACAGCUCUGUCUGCAUUGAACACCUAUCUUGGUUACCCUGCAGCAUAAACCCCACCUGUCAGUGGAUCACCAACUUCCUGACUGAGGAGGCAUCAGGUAAGGCUGGGGAGCAUCACAUCUAGCACUGGCGCCUCUCAGAGGUGUGUUCUCUCCCCACUGCUUUUCUCCCUCUACACCAACGACCGCACCUCGGGGGAUCCUUCUGUGAAACUCUUGAAGUUUGCAGACGACACUACCGUCAUCCGUCUCGUCCUAGACGGCGACGAGUCUUCCUACAGACGGGAGGUGGAACAGCUGACUCUUGCGCGGUCAGAACCAUCUGGAGGUGAACUGUGGAGAUGACAGCACCCCCCACCACAGCGUCUACUGGGACUUCUUCUGGGUUCCUGGGAUCCACAAUCUCACAGGACCUGAAGUAGACAAAAUCAGAAAGAAUGCACAGCAGAGGCUGUACUUCUUGCGUCAGCUCAAGAAGUUCAACCUGCCCCAGGAUCUGUUGAUUAUGUUCCAGACCUCCAUCGUUCAGUUUGACUUGUGAACCUCCAUCACUGUCAAGCUGGACAGACACAGACUGCAACGGACAAUGAGGACUGCAGAAAAGAUCAUCGGUGUCAACCUUACCCCGCCCCCCUCCCCUCCAUCCAGGACUUAGACCGGUCCAGGGUCAGGAAAUGGGAAGUUAGCAUCAUUGCAGUCCCCUCACACCCUGUUCACUGUUGGAACUCCUCUCCUCCGGCAGGGGUUAAAAAUUGCUGUACGCCAAAACAAGCCAUCAUAAAGAACACUUUCUUCCAUCAGGCUAUCAAUCUGAUGAGCCAUGUGGAAUAACACUGAAACUAUUCUGUCACUUAACGUAUCAACUCAUGCUCACGUCAUUAACUUUUUUGCUUUGUUCACUGUUGCACUAUUAUUUAUUAGCCUUGCACAUUUUAGUAACUUAAGCACUUGUUUAUGUUUGUAUUUAUUGUUUACAUUGAACAAAGAGAGCACAGACUACCAAGUCAAAUGUCUUGUGUGUUAAACAUACCUGGCCAAUAAAGCUGCUAAUGAAUUAAUUUCAGUGGAAGUCGUUGAUUUGAGUUAAGAGCUCCUUCGCAAAACAAAUUAAGCUUUUAAGUUGAGGUACUAUGGAAGUAGAAUUGUCUCACAUCAACUUGUAUAUAUCAAUAUGAUAUUAAUACAUAUGCAUAUAUUAAUAAAUAUAGAGAUACAAAUGUGAUGUACAAAUAAAUCAUUUGUAUAAAUAAACGCGUGUUUGUAAAUAUAUGUUUGAGAUUUGAAAAUAUAUACAAAUAAAAUGUAUAAAUAUAAAAAUGUGACGUACAAAUAAAUCAAGAAUUUGUAUAAAUGUGUAUUUGUAAAUAUAUUUUUAAGAUUUGAAUAUAAAUAUGCUUGAUUUGUAUUUGCAUUUGUAUUGAAU